AUGUCUGGUACGUUGACCACGCAGUCACUGGAACAGCUGAUCAGGGAAAGGCUAGGAGCAUCGAUUGUCCAGGUUCAGGACAUGUCGGGGGGAUGUGGCCAGGCAUUCGCCGUUAUCAUCGUGAGCGAUCUUUUCCAGGGCAAGAACAAGCUAAUGCGCCACAGAAUGGUGAAUACGGCAUUAAGGGAUGAAAUCUCGCAGAUCCAUGCAUUCACACAAAAGGGUUUCACGAGUUCGGAAUGGGAAGAACAAAAGAGGCAGUACUGA